CCAACGGAACGAACAACGCUUUCGCAAAGUACGACACGAUGGACCUUCAGAUGACGUGGUUAAUUCCGCGCGACCAACAAUUGAUACAGUUCAAGAGCCGCCAUCAGUGACGCUUUUUAUGCGGACGACUGGGUUGCACAUAAAGCAAUUUUACUGUGAUUUUUUGAGGACAACCGUCUUGUUUUGGCCCGCUUCGUAUGGAAAGCUAGUCGUGGUUUUCGAUCAGGAAUCGUCUCUGGAUCACAAAAUAGGAAACAUUUUGGAGAGACAGUUUCAUCAAUUCUUCCCGUAUCGCAAACUUGAAAUACUCUACGAGCCUCUUCCGAGGAACUAUGAAACGCUGUUGAAGCUUCCUUGGCCGAAACGCGACACUGGCUACAAUCGUCAAAUCUGGAGCAGCUUUUUUAAUGAUUUAUACACGAACGACACGGUCAUUGCGUGGGUGGAUUCUGACACUGCAUUCUCCACUUCAGUGACGAUAAAUUCCAUAUACUACGGUACGCGGUUGAGAGCGAUAGGAACGGAUUGCACAUCAUCACAAUUAGACUAUCCUGGACGUUGUCUAAAAAGCGCGGAGAUCUCCAUUGGGCUACCGGCUGUAGCGGACUUCAUGCUGAAUUUUCCGAUAUACAUAUAUCGCGAUACGUAUGCCAACUGCAGGGAAUACUUAAUGCGAAGAUACAAAGCCCGCAACUUUGAGGAAGUCUACAGGAACAUUAGUGCUUACGACUUAAUUUGUCCCGUAACGACAAUACUCAACUACGCAUGGCACUUCGAGAGAGAUCGCUACGACUGGAGUUUCAAGAUUUGCUCCGCACCUCUCGAUGAAUACAACAAGCGCUUUCGACCCAACGCUACCAUCAGGCCCUACGACAUAAAACCCGUCAUGGCGGCUCCUCUGGCAAGCCUUCAUACUGGCGAUCCUAAGUCGGCGCUUCAUUCGGCCCAG